AUGAAGAUGAAAGACUCAAUUUCUAAAAUAAUUGCAUUAAUGACCACUUAAAUAAAAGUUUAUUUUGAUAUCUAUUUAGAAGUAAGUAGUUAAGAUUAUAUCAUAACAGCAGAAUAAGAAUUAUUCUAAUUUUUUGGUGAAGAUGCAUUUAAAAUACACUAAAACUAUAAUGAUUAGAAUUAUCAAUAAAAAUGUGAAAAUGGAUUGCAAAUAUCUUAAAAUUAAAAUAAAUUAAUCAAUCCUUUAUUUGACUAAUCUAAUGAUCUCAUUUAUUACUAAUCUUCUGAGUAACAAAAAGAUGAGAUAAAUAAUAAUAAUUUAUUAUUGAAGAAAUAAAUUACUAGCAAUGAUAUUUGGUAAAUUGAAGAAGAAAUUGCAAAUAAUUAUGAUAGUGAUUUUAUAGAUAAAAAUGAAGAUGUAUAAUAAAAAGCAGAAUCAAAAAAUUAAAAAGUAUAACUAAUUAACUAUGUAUUUUUAGAUAGAAACAAUAAAAGAGUAGAUGGAUCAUAUAGAUCAAGAAUAUUAAGCUAGUAUUCUGGAAUAUCAAUAAGAAAAAUAGAAAGAAGUAUAAUAUUUAAAAGAGCAAUCAUAAAUAAAAUUAAAUGAAAAUGAAAUAGUUUUAAAUAAGUUAAUUGAAGCUGAAAAAUUUGAGUAGACAAAUGAAUAUAAAAAAUAAAGUGAUACAAUAAAUAAUAUAAUUGAAAAGAAAAAAUAGAUAAUUUAAUAAUAAUUAGAUGAGGAAUUUAUUAUAUAUUUAGAAAGGGAAAAAAUGUUGAUGGCUAAAUAAUUGGAGGAUGAUUUAGAAAAUUAUAAGAAAUAAAUAUAGAAAUCAAAUCAAAGUAAAUUAAAUUUAUUGAAAUAAAAGCUUUAUUAAAAUCACUUAAUUAAUAUGAAAAAGAUAUUCUAAAAAAAGAAUUGUGAUUUAAAUAAAAAUAAUUAAAUUGAAAUCUCAGAAAAAAUGUAACAUUUAUAAAAUAAAUUAAAUUAAUAUAGAAUAUAAGUGAUUGAAUCUAUAGAAAAGAAUAUUUAAUUAUUAGAUUAACAAAACAUUGUUAAACUUAAUAAAGAAAAAGCUAUUUUAACUAAAGAAUAUAAUUUAAAGAAAGAAUCUAAAAAAUGUUAAUUAAGUUCUUAAAUCAUAUAAUAAUAAAAUAAAAAGAAAUAGAUUGAACAUCAUAUAAAACAAAUAUUUAAGAAUCAAUUAAUUGAUAGAAGGAAUUUUAGAGAAUAAUAAUUUUAGGAAGAAUUAAAAAAUAUAUAAAAUAGUGAAUUUAAAUUUGCUUCUUAUUUAAAUCUUGAUUAUAAAGACAAAGAAGUUAAAUAAAUAUAAAUAGAUAAUUUAAAAUAAUUUUUAUUCUUCAAAUAAUAAUUAAAUGAUAGAUUAACUAAUAAUUUUGAUUUAUUCAAAAAAGAUUUAUUAAAUAAAUACUAAAUUAUGAAAAGUAAUUUAGUAGAAUUAUAUAUUGAAAAAAUUGAAAAGCAAAAAAAUCUUCAUUCAAAUAAUCGUCAACAUUAAUUAAUACUAGAAAUUUUUUAAGAGACAAUUAAAAAGUAGAAAUUUAUUAAUGAAAUUUCAGAGAAUAUAAAAACUUUAAAAAUUCAAAAAUAAAAAAUUGAAUAAUAAUUAGAAGAUUUAUAGAUGGCAACAGAUUAAUAUUCAUUAGAAAUUUCAUUAGAUCAAAUUAAAAUACUCAAUUCUGACCUUGAGUAAUUAAAUAAUAAUUUAAAAUAAUAUAGAUUAGAAGAUAAAGAGACUUCAAAAGAAUUAGAUAUACUACAAAGAAAUCUUUAUAAAUUAAUAUCAAAUCAUAAUUAAAAACAAUAUAAAUCACAAUUAAUUUAUUACAUUUUACAAAAUAUCAAUGAAUUAAAUGAUUAUUUUAAUGAUGAUAAAAUAGAUUUAGGUUAAGGUUAAGAAAUUGAGAAAUUUUUAUAGUAAUAGCAAUUAUCUUUCAAAAUUGAAGGAUAUCCAUAAUAUCCACUUCCUGAAUUUGUGAAAUAUUUUGAUGAAAUAAAUUUCAAAUAAAUGUAUAAAUUUAUUUAUUUUUUAGUAAAAAAUGGAAGGCAUUUUUAUUGAAUUAAAGAAUAAUAUGGAUUUGGGAGGAUGAAAUGUGUUAAAGAGAAAUAAUAAAACUUAAAUAAAUGGGUAUUAAACUAAAUAAAGAUAUCAGAGAUAUUGAAAAGGAAUUUUAAUAACAGAAUAUCAUUAAAAAAAAAAAUGAAUUCAAAUUAGAUUUUUUAGAAAAAUAGGGAUAGAUUUUAAAAUAUUAAUAAUCUCAAAUAGUUCUUCAUGAAUAAAAAGCAAAUUUAUGGAAAUAUAUUUUAAAAUAUCAAAAUAAAGUAUUAGAUAAAAUGAAUGCAUAAAUAUCUGAUCGAAUCCCAAUUUAAAAAUCAAUUGAUGCAUUAAAAAAAUUAUAUACUUAAUAUAUUUAAAUUUAAUAAGAUAAUGAAAUUUUGCCAUAAAAAUUUUAGGUAUUAAAUUAUAUUAAUUCUAGGUUGAAGACUUAAGUAAAUACAAAUUUAAAUUGCCUAAUUGGUAUUCCUUUUUAUCAUAGAAGUAAAACUUUGAUUUAUAAUAUAUAUUAUUAAUUUGA